AUGGCUUUGCUAAAAAGUCUUUAUCUUUUUGAGAUCUUUGCCUUGCAGCUGGUCUCACUUUUCACUGUGUUGUCCGCUGAUGUUUCUGAAGCGCCAGAUGCGCGCGUAAUUACAGAUGUGUCCAAGCAGCGCUCCUGGUCUGACGCGCUCCAAGUCCGAGACGUCCGGCGUCAUGUCGCGCGCAGAAAAGCGCCUCGCUUUAUGAUGGAGCUAUACGAGGAAAAUAUCAGAAACCCUGCGAUUCUGCAGGGGAACAUCGUGAGGAGCUUUCCAGGUGCCCUGUUAUAUCUGUAUUGUAAUAUUUAUUCAGCGCAAUCGAAUGGCGCGUUUCACUUUUUUAACCUGACAUCAUUUGGCCACCUGGAGAAGAUCACCAAAGCGGAAUUCCGGUGGUUUCGGCGCGCGCACACGGUUUUACCGGGACAUCACUUUUACAGAAUCGAUUUGUAUGAAGCGCUGGACAGCCGAGUGAAACCAUGGCGAGGAAACCUGAUCCUGUCACGGUUACUGUCUGUGUAUACUGAAGGAUGGGAAGUGUUUAACAUCACACACACGGUCACCAAAUGGCUUCAGAACAGCAGUACAAACAGUGGCAUCUUGGUUGCUUCAACUGUAACAUUAGGACACUGGUUGGAGACAUCUGUAAAAACUGUGAGAGAAACGGGCUAUGAAGAAAAUGAUGCCUAUUUGGUUAUCUACUCAGACGAUGGACGAAGAAGCUCUGGUAAAGGUGACCUCUGUAAUUUGCAUUUUUCACCUUUCUUUAGUCAUUUUUAUGAUUCCGCAGGUGAAGGAAUUCCCCCAUCAGGUCCGAACACUGACACACCCUUAGAGUUCCUCGAGUUCAAAAACUCCCUCCAGUCUGCGGUGCGAAGGCGCAGGAAUACACAUAAAAGGGCAGCUGAAAAUUCACAUGCUGCACAUUGUCAAAGAACACCUCUCUAUGUGGACUUUGUAAAACUCGGGUGGUCCGGAUGGAUAAUAUCACCAAGUGGCUACAACGCCUACCACUGCACUGGGUCCUGCCCGUUUCCACUCAGUGGAAGCUUACAUGCAACUAACCAUGCCAUUGUGCAAUCGAUAGUGAGCACAUUAAAACUGUCCAACAAAGUGGGAAGGCCAUGCUGCGUACCAGACAACCUUCAACCAAUAAGUCUGUUGUACUUUGAUGAUGAGGAAAAUGUUGUUCUCAAACAAUAUGACGACAUGGUGGCAAGCAGCUGUGGCUGCCACUGAAUGCACUACUGUACAUCAUUAUCUGUUGAAUUUUUCAUAUAAUCCCUAGGGAAUGAUAUAGGCGAAUAAAGGGCCGUGUGCUGCAUCAGAAAAUGUUUGUGUGAACACCAAAAAAAAAAUCUGUGAAUGCAAUCAUUUUCUUUUUAUGCUCUUAUAUGAAAACAGGUAAAGUAUAAACUCAGAUUCCCACUGGAUUUAUUAACACUGUGUUAUGUAAUGGAAAAACAGUUGAAAAAUGUUACCCUUUUUUUCCCCUGUUGAAGCGAUCAGGUUAACAUAUAUGACAUAUCUAUUGGGACUGAAUUAACAUGUUAUACCAUCUCUGUUCUAUUUUUUUUUUUAAAUUAUUUUAUUUUUUUUUAUUUUAUUUGUACUAUUUGUGGGACCAAGUGAAAAAUCAGGGGAGCUGAAUGCUAAUAACUUGUAUGUUAUACCAGUUUUCACCACAAGGGGCCACUAAUUCCUAAAAUAUUAUCUACAGUGAGGAAUUUUAUCUAAUUGGCUAUAGUUUAUAAUUAUCACAUGGGUUUUGAUGAUGGAAUGGCUAAAUGUAGCACUGUAUUAUGAUUUUGUGCCUAAAAUAACUAUUUCUUUAAUAUGUGUUCAGUAUUGUGUGCAUACUUCAGGCUACUUUUUUGUUUGUUCUUAUCUGCACCUGUUUUGUCUGAGCUGUACAGAUGCAGCUCUGGUAUCAGUCAGAUUAAUAACUAGGAGACAUUAGAUUGUCAAGAACAUAAAUACAUCAACAAAUGUGGAACAAAGUGAAAUCAAAUGUGACCUUUUUUCCCGUUGUUAGUUAAUGUGUCUGUACAAAAUUCAUCACUAUCACUUAAAAGGAAGAAAUGUUCUUUGUCAGUAAUCUUUUGCUAAAUGGCUUCUGUAUUCGACCAUGAAUACUUGAACAUGAGUAGUUAAAUCUAAAAUAACCACAGCAUGUCCUGUUCCCCUCCCCCACACCCAGCUAUGAUAGGGUGACCAUAUUCUGGUUUACCAAAAAGAGGACGCCAAUCCCGUCCGGACUUUUUUAAAAUCUGAAAAAGAGGACGUUUGGUCACUCUAGGCUAUGAUCCAACAGAAAAUGCCAAGUCAGUUUGCACUCCAGUCACCGUGAAACCAACUAGCACGCAGUAACGCUGGCAGGAUUAUCACUGCUUUAGACAAUUUGAGUACCGUUGAUGC